AUAUGAACCGUUAUGAGCAACCGGGCAGAAAUAUUCGACAGCAAAAAGCAGAGGGACUCUGGAAGAGAACACCCCAGAGGUGGAACACUCAGGAUCAUUAUCAUCUUAGUCCCACUGAGCACUAUUCACACGUCAGAAAUGAUCUAAACAGGGGUUGCAACUAUGUCGAUUCUCCCCCUGUUAGUCAUCUCGAAGGCUACGGGACAUCAGGCUUGUAUCCACCGCUGAGGAGCUUGCCAGCAAACACUGUGUUAUUGGACGAAAUGACCCUUCGCCAUAUGGUUCAAGAGUGCACGGCAGUGAAAACCCAGCUCUUAAAAAUGAAAAGAAUACUCCACCAGAAUGAUGAAAACAUGUCACUGCACAACAUCACACUCCCAAUGCCAUCAAGUCCAGAACAGCUGGAACCCGAACCAAUGUAUAAGACUGACGAAUUAUUAAGCGAGAUCACACAGCUGAAGGAUGAUUUGAAAACGAAAGACGAGACCAUCCAACAGCUUGAACGUCGUCUUGCUGUUAGGUGUGGCUGCCACGAAGGCAGCAAGACACCUGAAGCGACCACGGGCAGCUUUGCUGACAAAUUCACCCAGACCACCUGGCGAAGAAGCGCG